AUGUACUUCAACAACGUCAAAGCUCUCGCCGUUCUCGCCUUUACUAGCGCCAUCGUAUUAGUAGCCGCUGCACCUAACCCAGCUGGCAACAUCUCGUAUCGCGGAGAUGUAGGAGAUGUCGGUCACAAGAAUGAAAACUCUGAAAAGGGUGUGGAUGCCAAGAACAACGAUAAUUACGACAAAUACGAUAAGCAAGACAAGGAAUCUCACGAAGAGGCGCUCAAGAAGCACAGCAAAGAGGUCGAAAAGCAGAAAAUGCUGACGAAAGAAGCUGCCGAAAAGAACAAAGCAAAUGACAAGAACCAGAAGACAGACGAGUACUGGAAGGGUGAGAAGAAAGAUGACAACACGUACGACAACAAGUCUGGUAAUAAGAAGCAAGACAAUCAGUACGACACCAGUAAGAAACAAGAUUCUGGCAAGCACGAUACCGACAUGAAACAAGAGCACUACAACGACAAAAAGCAAGACAAUCACUACGACACCAGUAAGAAACAAGAUUCUGGCAAGCACGAUACCGACAUGAAACAAGAGCACUACAACGACAAAAAGCAAGACAAUCACUACGACACCAGUAAGAAACAAGAUUCUGGCAAGCACGAUACCGACAUGAAACAAGAACACGACAACGACAAGAAGCAAGACAAUCAUUACGAUACCGACAAGAAAGACUAA